CUCAAUCCUGCCGCCAUAACAACUGCUCCCAGCCAGGAGCCAUUCACGCUUCGGCCACUUAUCAGGCAGAUGCUCAGCACUCGGCGCUGCAUAUCAGGCUCCAUCUUUAUCGUCGAGGGCAUCGAUGUGAUUCCAGUGCCGACCGCGACGCCCAAGGACGAUGACACUCACGCCAUCAGAUUGGUGCUGGGGGACGGGGAGCUGUGCAUCCAGGCCUUGCUGCAUCCCGACAUGUUUCACCUAGUGGAAAAGAGAGAUGUAUUUGUGGGAUGCUGCGUGAGAGAGGAAGGCCAUAAGAACAAGGAGCGAGAGAAGGAGGACGAAAGGGGCAUGGUAUACCUGAUUGUGAACGAGCUGGAGACGGCUGGAUGGAACGAGUCGUAUAUGGCAAUGUGGCGUCGCCAUGAAAGGGGCAAAGCUGUCGAGCAGCCGGCUACUCCCACCAGGCCCAGAUCCCAAGACAAGGGCAAGGCCCAGACUCCUGGACCUGUGGACGAUAACGACGAUGACGAUGAGGAGGACGAGGAGGACCUGGAGAACGCGUUCGAGGCCUUUGAAGCCCGCACGUUUCCCACAGCAGCCGGCGACAAGUCACAGCCGCAGCCGCAGCCGAUUGCCUUGGCCAAGGACUGGCACAACCACCAGGAACCCCUCAAGCUCACGACUCUGCGGCUGAUUCCGCAUCUCCCUUACGCCCAGAACUGGUCGGUCAAUGUGCUCGCCAUCGUAGCUUCGCUGUCGCCCGUGGAGCCGUCGCAUCUGCCGCCGGGCAAGCAGCGCACGGCACGCAUCGCCGACCCGUCGACGGCCAAACAGGUGCACCUGACGGUGUUUCUGGACCCCGACGACUUCACGCCCCGGGUGGGCAGCGCGGUGCUCCUUGUGGGCGUCAAGAAUCACCGAUUCGACGGCGGCAGCCUGAAGAAGUACGCCAGCGAUGGCAAGAGGGACAGCGGCCAGCGGUGGUGGUUUGAGGACCCGUGGGAGUUGUCGUGGCUGGACGUGGCAGGGAUCAAGAGCUGGUGGCAGGGCACGCCGCAGCUCAAGCUUAAGCAGAAGCAGCCAAAGCACCGCUUCACUCCGCCUCGCCCCAAGCCGCGGCGCAGGAGGGAGUCGCUUGACGCCUUUCUCGACAGCCUCUCGCCUUGGGAUCUGCUCUACAUGCGGAACCGCCUCCGUGACGGCCACGUCAAGAUGGAGGGCUUUGCCGGCCUGAGAGAGCUGCCGCCAGAGGUCUUUGCCUCCAUCGUGCCUCACCUGCGGAUGCAGGACGUGCUCAACUGCUUUCUGGUAAGCAAGGACUGGCGUGAGGCCUGGACGCAGGGCGUCGUUUCGACCUUUUUGUGCCGCCGCUUCUUCCCCGGCCUGUUGGAGCUUUACAACGGCGAUGUGCCGGAUCGUCAUGAGCUGUUCCUGGCCUCGGCCAAGCGCUAUCUGCGGAAGCACUUCAUUAGCCGUAGCAAGCGGUCCUUUGUCUCGUGGGACGUCGGCUGGAGCUCCGACUACUUCAUCAGCCGCGAAGAGGCACCCCCGAGCCGUCGGCUGGGUGACUUGCGGACGGUAGACUUUGGCUUCGCGCCUUUGACCAUCUGCUACUCUAGCGGCAAGAUUGCCUGGCAGCCUGACAACUGUCACCUCUUUGUCGAUGAUUUGUACACCCGGGAGAGGGCCCGCUUCAGCUUCGGCGUCGACUUCAUCUCGGGACGGCCGUUGCAGCUACAGGCCGUCACCGACAGCCUUGUCAUCCUCGCAUCAAGUUCGCCCCCGUUUCGGGAACGGGGCGUGCCGGACAACGGACAGAGCAUGUAUAACCGGCUUUCUAAAAGCGUCGUCCUGCCAGGCAAGUUUGCCCAGUGCUACGCUCAAGGCGACAUGGUGGCUUUUGUGACCAAGCAAGGGCAUGUUGUCAUAUGGGGCUGGAGUGACACCGCCAUAGAGCUGGAGAUUGACCAUGGGGAGCACUUUCAUCAGCCCAACGGUUGGGAAAAGGACCUGGGAGGCGUGCCCGGCGUCAUGUUCCAUCCAACAGACACAGAUAUCGUCUAUGCGGCGUGGCUGAACUCGCCUGCACCACCUGAUCCCCGCAUCCACACCAUUGUUGUCGUCAAAUUCGAGCGCGGUUUGCCCGUGGCACGAUUUGAGACUGCACUCUCUCACCCAGAAUACCGGCGCCACCCCGACAGCCGCCACUCGUGCCCGGCGAUGCGUCUGACGCUCUCAUGCCAGAAGAUGAACGCUUACGGUGGCUACGCCGUUGGAAUCGUCCAGUUCGUGCUCCUUAAAGAAGGUGCUCCCUGGGAUGAAAGCGAUAACAAAAAGAAUCCCGAGUGGCUCUGCGUCUGCUUCAACGUCCUCACAGAGACGUUUGUGCAAAACAAGUAUGAGAGUCAUCGG